UCGGGUAAAAUGAGUGGCAGGGUCGGAGAUCUCAGCGCGAGGCAGGCUGAGGCGUUGGCGCAGUUCCGAGAGAAGGUUCAAGACAUCCUUCCGCAGUGUCCAUCUCAGAGUGACCACUUUUUGCUUCGCUGGUUAAGAGCCAGAAAUUUCAAUGUGUCCAAAGCGGAGGCAAUGCUGCGCAAGCACCUGGAGUUUCGAAAACGGAUUAAAGCCGACACGAUAACUACUGAAUGGAAACCUCCGGAGGUGAUCGAGAAGUACUUCUCGGGCGGGAUGUGCGGUUAUGACCGCGAGGGGAGCCCCGUGUGGUACGAUGUCAUCGGACCCGUCGACCCAAAGGGACUCCUCCUGUCCGCAUCCAAACAGGACUUCAUAAAGUCCAAGGUCCGAGACUGUGAGAUGCUGCAGAAGGAGUGUGAUUUACAGUCUGAAAGGCUGGGAAAGAAUGUAGAGUCCAUAACAAUGAUCUACGACUGUGAAGGACUUGGAUUAAAGCACUUAUGGAAGCCAGCCAUAGAGACCUAUGGAGAGGUUCUCACCAUGUUUGAGGAUAAUUACCCUGAGGGUCUAAAGAAACUGUUUAUUAUUAAAGCGCCCAAAAUCUUCCCCGUGGCGUAUAAUCUGGUCAAACCCUUCCUGAGUGAGGACACACGCCGAAAGAUCGUCAUCCUCGGCCCGAACUGGAAGGAGGUCCUGCAGAAGCAUAUAGAGCCUGAGGAACUUCCGGCCGUGUACGGGGGCAAACUCACUGACCCUGACGGUGACCCUCGCUGCAGGACCAGGAUAAAACACGCAGGGGUGGUGCCCAAAUCCUACUAUGUGCGUGACUCUGUUAAGGUCCAGUAUGAGCAGGUGGUGACGAUUGGUCGUGGUUCUUCCCACCAGCUGGAGUACGAGGUCCUUUUGCCUGGGAGUGUAUUACGGUGGCAGUACAGCAGCGAGGAUGCGGACAUUGGCUUCGGCGUGUUUAUGAAGCCCAGAGCCGGGGAGAGGCAGAGGGCAGGACAAAUGGCCGAGGUUUUGCCCUCUCAGCGAUACAACGCUCACCUGGUACCUGAGGAUGGCUCUCUCACCUGCGCUGAGGCCGGAGUGUACGUGCUACGCUUUGACAACACAUACAGCAUCCUUCAGUCCAAAAAAGUGAGUUUCACUGUGGAGCUUCUCCUUCCCAACAACCAAUCACAGGCUGAGAAGAGUGGAGUGACAGAUGAGGAGGUCAGAAGCAGCCAGUAA